AUGGCGCCAGUCACCUUAAGCACCGUGGAUGACGAUCUCAAGGAGGUCAUCCAGCACCUCUUCGAAAUCCAAUCCGCCGUCCACGGCUACCUAGGCCCAGAGACGCAGCAGGAACUCGUCCGGAAGAUAAAAAACCUCACCCUCGCCCUCUCCACCCUCUCCACGCACACAAAACCACACCCACCACCACCACCACCACCCCAGCCCACAGACCCAACGACCGCAGCAGCGCCCGCCCUACGAGACAACCCCGACCCACCCCUCAGCAGCAUCCAACUCCCGCCCGAGAUUAUUGACUACGUCGACGCGGCGCGCAACCCGGACAUCUACACGCGCGAGUUCGUGGAGCUGGUGCAGCGCGGCAACCAGGACCUGAAGGGGAAGAAGGAGGCGUUUGCGAGUUUCCGGGACGUGCUGGCGCGCGAGAUGAGGAGUGCGAUGCCGGAAUGUCGGGGGGAGGUGGAGCGGGUGCUGGAGGGGACGGGGGGGAAGAGGGAGAGGUAG